AUGGAUCCAGGUGGAGGGCUCAGUAUAGGUCCUAGUACGGAACCACCUCCCCCAGGUUCUGAAUCUUUUUUGACUUUCGAUAAAGAUCCGGUGACACCUAAGACUACUCCUUUAACACCCAAACUGCUUUCGUCGAGCAAAGGCGUCGAAAAUGCGAAGAAGAGACUUAGAGCAUUUUCAAUACAAAAGAAAACUCCAAUCACACCUAUUAUUUUACCUAAAACCGUUGGAACUGGAAAUAAUACAGUAUUAAUUGGUAAACUGAGUAGUGUAAAAACAACUCCUAAAGUUGAAGAUCCUGAACAGAAAAAACUGCCAAGACCUCCUAAACCUGGGACAUCUAGACGAUCUUUUCAAGAUUCCUACACUGAUCUGCAAAAGAGAACUCUUGCAGAGAUAGAAGAUAUGAAGCGUAAAAUGGAAUUAGUUGAACUCGGAAUACCACUUGGUUUAAUUUGUCCCACUUCCACCAGUGAAAAAGCCAUGCCCACUAAAGCUAUGCCACCUAUAAAAUCAUUUUUAGAUCCACAGAAAUUAGACGAGAUUAUCCGAGAGGCGAAGAAAGCAAAAGAAGAUGGAAAGGAAUUUAAAUUUGACUAUCAAAAGUUAUUGCCUGACUACGAUAAUCCAUUUCAAAGGAAGAAAGAGGAGUUUGAUAAAGAACGCAAAUCUGAUCGCCGCAAGAGUGAGCCUGAGAAAGACAAGGAUCGACGUAAAAGUGACAAAUAUGAAUCCAGAAGACAUGAGUAUAGGAAAGAUGAUACAAAGUAUAAAGAAAGAGACAGAGAUAAAACAAAAGAAAAGAACAAAGAUGGUGUUGAUGAUUCUAAGCAUAAAGAAAAGAUAGUAGAUAAAGAAACAGAUGUAAAUCUCAAUGAUUAUUUGGUUUGUGAUAGCUGGUCAUUGGAUAAUGAUGAUAAAAAUAGUACUUCAAGCCCUAAAGGACAAGAGCGACCAUCGCAGUCGUCUGAUACUAAAAUGAUAGAACCAUCUGAACAAUUAAAGGCGAGUAUUGCGAAGAAGAAAGAAAUGUUGAAAAACUGCGCAGUCGAUAUUCCUACCAAAAAUAUACCCGUCAAAAUGGAAAAGUUACAACCGGUAAUAGAUUCUUUUAAAUACGAAAUAGAUCCUAAUGAUGAUGAAGUUCUAGAUAUUUUUGACGAAGAUUCAGAUUUAGAAAAGUAUGCUCAGCAAAAGAAAACUAAAAAACAUUCUUUAUAUGAUGCAACAGAUAAAAAUGUGGUUGAUUUCAAUGUUAGCAAUUCUACAGACACAACUUUAGAUAGUUUGAACGAUGACACCUUCUUAGAAUCUGUUAUCAAUGAAAUUAAACAAGACGACGAGCUUAGUGAGGAUAGCCAAGAUAAAGGUUUGGUCGAAUAUGACAUAUCGCCUAAUCGAGACGAAAGUCCAAGACGGUCUAAGCGAGGUUCGAUAACCCCUGAGAUUCAGGAGAAAGUGCGUUCUCAAAGUCAGAAGAGUGAUUAUUCAGAGGGUUACAGAUCCUCAGACAGUUAUAAAACAAGUGAAACGACCGAAAGUGGAUAUAAGUCCGUCGACAGUUACAGAUUGUCGGUAGAAAAAGAGUUAGAUGAUGCGUUACAGUCCAAAAUGUCCAAAUCUACUGUAGAUUCCUUAGAAACUUGGAGUUUCGUCCUUAAAAUAUGUCAGCCACUUUUGUUUAGACACGACAAAAAUAAAUGUUACAAAGAAACAAGAACUACACCGAAGAUUUGGUAUACAACAAAUCCGAAGCUAUGCACUUGUGUGAAAGACCGCAGUAUCGUUUACGAGGAGUUGGAAAUGUGCAAAAUGAGUUUGGUUGAUAGAGUCUACGGUUGUGAUCAGAUAUCAGACUCUCCUUGCGCAACAGUACGCAGUUGGUACCCACGGAAUGGUCUAAGCGUGACGGAAACGAACCCGGUACCCUUGUCCAAUGAGUGGGAGGCGGAGGAUAGCCAGCAAGCCCUCAGACCACUACCCUCCAAAACCCUCCCCGGCCUCUCAGGUCGGACUCCCGCCACUCCUCAGAGGCGCGAUGAGAUGUCUUUGGAUAGGGAGUACCAGAGAUUUAUGGAAUCAGUUUGGCCAGAAGCAGCUGAUUCCAUACCAGAAACUUCUAGAAGCACUACACCAGUGAGACAAGAAUCUAGAAAGAAAAAGAAAGAAGAAGACAAAGAAUCCGAAGAGAAGAAAACUAAAAAAAUCAAAUUGAGUAGUGAAGGAUGGAGUCAAGAGUCAGAUAUAGAAGAGGAUCAAGGCGAUAAAAGCAAGAAAAUGAAAGUGAAAUCUAAGUCGCGCAAACGGAAACACUCGACGUCGUCGUCGUCUUCCUCGUCUCUUUCUGACAGCGACGAUUCUAGAAAGAAAACGAAAAUACUUAAAAAGAAGGCAUUGAAGAAAACCAAAUCAAAAUCGGCCAAACGCAGACGCAUCGGACGAAGGUUGUUAAAGAAGUUAAAGGAGAAGCAAAAGAAACGGAAACUUAAUAAGGACUCAGACUCUGAUGACGAUAGUGAUAAGAAGAAAGAUAAGAAGUCGAAGAAGAAGAAACAACAAAAGUUAAAGAAGAAAGCGCAAAAGAAGAGAAAAGCGAAACAAUCCAGUUCAUCCAGCUCUUCCAGCUCGGAUAGUUCGAGUGAGUCAGAUUCGGAAAGCGACAGAAAGUCUAAGAAGAUAAAGAAGAAUAAGUCAGGAAAGAAGAAAAUAAGUAAAAAAAGAAGUAGAUCAUCUUCUGACUCGUCACAAAGCGAAGAAUUAUUUGAUGUUAACAUCUUAAACAAUAUUAAGACAGAAAGAUUGACGGAUGAUGAAAAAGGUCAAAAAUUAAUGGAAUUUUCCCCUCGAAGACAAAAGCCAAGGGAAAUAAUUAAUGUUAAGGAGUUACAGAACGAUUUCGUUGAGAACAUACAUAUAAAAAAAGAAACAGAUGAGCCUAAAAGCAAGGAAGUGAUUCAAAGCGACGUGUUUGAUAUUGGCAAUGUUAGUCAUAUUGAAACUAGUUCCAAAGAAGAAAGCUAUGUUCUUAAGGAACCAUCAGAUUCAAGUCAAGAAAGUCAGGAAGAUAUUCCAUUACCCCCAGCUCCUGAACCAGAGGCUCCUCUUCCUCGAGAGCCCACACCUCCUCAGGAGCCGGCGGUUCCAUCGAUUCCUUACCCGCAAAUGGUGCCGCCGGCUCCUCAAAUCCCAUUGGCUCCUCUGGCCCCGCCUAUUCCUGAGGAAUCUAACUUAUCUCAAUGUUCUUCACAAGACUCCGUUUGUAGUGUUAAGGAAGUACCAACAUACGAAAAAGAUGAAAGCCACCUUCGGCCAUCGUCGCAGAAUUCUAACUACAGCUUCAACGACGUGAUUGCGAGCCAAAGUGGACUUUAUUCCAAGGGAAUAGAGUCGGAGAGAGAUGAACACUACGCGUACGAAGCGGAGACGUAUGAGAUGUAUGAACAGCUCGCUAUGGCAUAUCAGAGUGAUGUUGCCAGUCAGCGCGCGUCCCCCGGCGCGGGCGGCGCGGGCGUGGAGCAGCGCAUCGAGACGGUGGUGCGCGCGCGCUGCGGCGAGAUCAAGUGCGACUGGCGCGCCGACGACGCCGCGCCCGCGCGCCGCGCGCGCCCGCAGCCGCACCGGCCCUCGCGCUGGGGAUUAAAGCCGGGUGAAGUGAAUAUAGUGCUAACGGGCGCGGGCGCACAGUUCCCCGAACGGGAAAAGCCGCAGCCCGUCUACCAGAUACAGAGCAUUGCUAAUCGGAUGGACACUGUUACUGGAUACGAUGAAGCCUAUAUGGAUAUGUAUGGCGCGUCCGACCGUCUCCAAUAUGGCGACUGCUUCGCCACAGACUUCAUAACGAACACCAUAAACAAUGCAGUCAAUAUAGACGUGACUACUGACUCCACAGAUAAUAUAAACCUACCCACGAAUAAAGAGACCAGGACAAGUUCUCUGGAUGCGAGGAUCAACCAGGCUUUAAAGGAUACCAUUCUAGGAGAAGUAGCUAAAGAGGCCGAAAGUGAAAAUGACAAAGACGCGCCCGAAAAAGGAAUACUUAUUACUACGGUGUCGGAGGCGCGCGGCUCGAAGCGCGUCAGCUUCGCGGACGGGUACAAGCCCGGACAGGACUCCGACGUGGAGGACCCGCCUGUGAAGAGGCGUAAGAAGGCGCGCCGCGCGGGGUGCGCGUGGCCGUGCCCGGCGGCGCACGCGGACCACGUGCCGCUGUGGGACGCGCUGCCGCCGCCGCCGCCGCCGCCGGGCUCGCCGCCGCCCGCGCCGCCGCCCGCGCCGCCCGCGCGCCUGCUGCGCGCCAAGCCCGCGUCCUCCGCGCUCUCCGCGCUCUCCGCGCUGCUGCCGCCCCAUAUGGCUAAGUUUGAUCCUUCCAUCCCUCUGCCGGGUUUCAUGCCGCCCGAACCCCCACCCGGCCUCAUUACACUACAG